GACGCUGCAAUGCCCCUGAGUAUGAGGGAAGAACAGUUCAUCUGGCUGAUCAGAUGUCUCAGAUUUGGUUCUUUUUUGAUAAAGAAAUGCAUAAGUUUUGUGUCUGAGCUCCUCCUGCCACACAAGGGGACACCUGGAACUCUCUCAGCCCCCGAGUGGCACUGGGACCCUGCCUGGAGCCAGGGUGCUCGGGCAGGUGUCUGUAGCUGCUCUUCCCUGCUUGGCUGGGGGCUGCCAGGGAGGCAGCAGGACUCGGGCUGCAGUUGGACGUGGUCAGGAAGCGACAAAAGGCAGCAGCUGAGCCCAAGGGCCCUGUUUGCUGGGGUACCAUGGAGCUGUCAGGGUGCUCACCCGCCUCUCUGCCUUCCCCAGCUCCAGAGCAUUGCUGAAAAGGACAAAGGAAAGCCAGCGUCCGAGCACUAUGAUGAGGAGGAGGAGGAGGAUGAUGAAGAUGAUGAAGACAGCGAAGAGAACUCAGAAGAUGAUAUGGACAUGCAGGAUAUGGAUGAGAUGAAUGAUUCUAAUGGGUCUCCUGAUGAUGGGGAGAUCAAUAAGGUGGAUAUGGAGGGGACAGAACAGGAUCAGGACCAGUGGAUGAUCUGCUUCUGCCACACCCACGCCAAACCAGAGGCUGGGGGAGAGCCUUUGCUCCCCAUGGCUCUGGGGGACAGUUCAGUGAAGCACCUCCUGCUGUGGGUGCUGUGUGGGGCAGAGGGGUUCUGAGGGGAGACUGCCACCUGACACAUUAGAGCUGACACAUCUUUUCUAAUCAACUCAGUUUUCAAGAAAACACCCCCAAAUCUGGUGUCUGAGGCCACCAGGGCAGGCAGGGGCUGCCCCCCACCAUCCACUGGUGUGCCUGGCAGACCUCCCUGUGCAGUGCAGGCAGGAGCACUACAGGGAAUGAGCCCCCUCCCCACCCACUGCACCCCACCACAGACCACAGCAGCCACUGCGUUUCCUCCAGAGCCCAUGUUGAGGCUGAGAUGGGGGUUGGGGACCUGGCACCCUGCCGGUAACCGUGGCCACCACAAGGCAGGAGCUCCUU